AUUGACUUGUUUUUGUCCAGUAUCCAUUGUGUAAAGCCUUGCAUACUGCUGCAUCAUUAGCGGCCAAAGGGGGAUGCCUUAAAUCUAAGCGUUAGCAACUGAGCUGGGUCUAUAAAAGGAGGGAGAGGAAAGCGCCAACUCACCUCCACCUCCUGACGACCCAGCAGCAGAAAAAUGUUUGCAUUCCUGAUUUGCGUCUUGACUCUGCAGCAAGUGCACUCUGCCUGCGUCGUGCAAGACAUUUGCCCAGAAAAUACAAAGGUUCAGACUGAGAUCGUUGACCAACACAAUGCCUUCAGGAGAGCGGUUCAGCCUACUGCUUCUGACAUGCUGAUAAUGAACUAUAGUCAGGAGGUAGCAGACAGUGCUCAGGCCUGGGUUGACAAAUGUAUUUUGGCUCAUGGAGAACCCAGCACCCGCAUGCUCAAUGGAUAUCAAUUGGGUGAGAAUCUGUUCUAUUCAUCCUCACCUUACCCGUGGACGGAUGUCAUUAAUGCCUGGCACAGUGAGGUGUCACACUACCUGUAUCCCAACGGUUCCACCAACGGCCAAUCUAUUGGUCACUACACACAGGUGGUGUGGAACAGCUCCUACAAAGUUGGCUGUGGAAUGACACUGUGCCCGAACAACAUCUAUUUCUACGGCUGCCAUUAUUAUCGAGCAGGAAACUUCAAGGGAUGGCCACCUUAUAAGGCUGGACCCCCAUGUGCUUCCUGCCCCAAUGACUGUGAAGACAAACUCUGCACCAACCCCUGUCCUCACAUAAACAAAUACAUCAACUGUCCUACCUUGAGCGUCACGACUGGAUGCGGCAAUAAGCUGGUGAAUGCCUGGUGUCCUGCUUCAUGCAACUGCACCAAUCAAAUCAUUCCAAUAGGCUAAACACAAGCCCUUGAGUCUGCAAAUUGUACUCAAUCUACACAUGUACAUCUUUGUUGAUUCUCUGUCUUAGCUACUUUAACUGUACUUUCCUGAAAGCUUAUAAUAAUAUACUCAUCAAAAUAAUGUGGUUUAGUACUGAUUGCCUUAAGUUAAAGGGAUGUUUUGGGAGUGUUUUAAAUGUUGUAUCUCUAACCAACACUUCGUCAGAGUUUUGUGAAAUAGUCCCAGUGCACAUCAUGUUGGAUUUCACUCAACCUGCAGUGCCAUGCAUGAUGUCAUAUGGGGAUUUCUCCCACUCAGCGUUCAGAAUUACAAGAAAUGUGUCAACACGAAAGCAAGAAAUACAGUUUUACUGUUAAUCCACCCAAGCUCAAGAUAAUAUAAACCACAAAUAUUAAUUCUACACAAUCAUACAAAAAAAGACUACAUUGGAUAUCAAGUGGUGUAUGCUGUAAUUGUGUUAUGGUUGAUAAGAGUUAAACAUCUCAUGGCUUUAGUUGUAGCAUUUU